GCGUGACGUCAGAGGAAAUGAGCGUGGGUGCCGGGAUCUGGGAAGGUGGGCUUGUUUCUCAGACAUGCAGCAAAGAGAAGAGAGGCAGUUAGAGGCAUCGGUGGAGUCGCUCAUCUCCCGUGUCUCUCACGUUAAAAAUGCUCUUCACAGUUUCAUCUUCAAACUAGAGAACGAGUACGAGCGUCUGGCCUGGCCGUCUGUUCUGGAUAACUUUGCACUGCUGUCUGGUCAGCUUAACACCAUUAACAAGCUACUGAGGAACGAGAAGACGCCAUCAUUUCGCAACCAGGUCAUAAUCCCACUGCUCCUGUCCCCGGACAGAGACGAGGACCUGGCGAAACUCACGGAACAGCGAGUGCCUGUGUUCAGCCAUGAGAUUGUGCCAGAUUACCUGCGUACCAAGCCCGACCCGGAGGUUGAGGAGCAGGAGAAGCAGCUGAGCACAGAGGCAGCGCGCAUCGGGCCCGAAGUGGCCCAGAAACAGAUCCAGACCUUGAACAAACUCUGCUCAAAUCUGCUGGAGAAGCUCAACAACCCACGCGAGGAUCGAGAUGGAGAAAGUGCAGGAAUGAGACAGAACAAACCGUCGUUCAACCCCGCUGACACCAAUGCACUAGUGGGUGCUGUGGCUUUUGGAAAGGGACUUUCCAAGUGCCGGCCCCCUGGUCCCGUGACCACCGGGCACCCUGGGCAGGGGCCAAUGAUGAGCGGAGGCCCCACUUUACAGCAGGUCACACUGGGUGGAGGAUCAGGCCAGCAGGCUGGGAUGGGUGGACCUGUAGCUCCACAGCAGCAGGGGCAGCCAGGGAAAAUGCCGAGCAGCAUCAAGACAAACAUCAAAUCUGCCUCAGCGUCGAUGCACCCUUACAACCGCUGAGCUCUGCGUCCGUCCCAUGCCUCAGAGACCCUUCCACAGCUGUGUGGACCUUCACAACACAUACACACGCAUGCGCACACACACACACACACACACACACACACACACACACACACACACACACACACACACACACACGCACACACGCCAGCCUUUGAGCGAGGUGGCGUGGAAGAAGCAGUGGCACUGUGUUUUAGAAACGGCUGUGAGGCACUAGAUGGCACUAUGCUGCCAUCCAUGUUUUUAAUUUAGGAGCCUUUUUCAAUAAAUGUGUCAUUCAGCAUUUUA